ACCGUAUGCUCAGCUGUUUUAAUUGAAGGCCAAGUGGCGUAUGAAGAAGGGAGCGAGAAAAAAAAUCUCUACGCCACUGCCAUGUCCGGUCAGCUAUGUGGGAACCCUUUGAAAUGUCCUCCGUCCCUAUUAAUGGCCAGCCGCCGGAUGAAGACUCCCAAGAAACCGAACACGCGGACAGCAGCGAUAGCGAUGAGAAAAAUGUCAGCCUACCAAGCUAUGACGAAGAAGCGCAUCUCUUGGCAAGAGAGAGAGACACACUUCAGCCAAAUAAGCUUGGAAAUGUGGUGGAGUCGGAGUUGGAAUCAGCACAACAAACUACUCAUUCUCAACGGACUUCCAAUUUUGCUACUUUAAUGCACUUAUUGAAAGGAAAUAUUGGUACUGGAAUUCUAGCUAUGCCAAAUGCAGUGUCAAAUGCUGGUCUUUUGGUUGGCAGUGCUGGAAUUCCUGUUCUAGGUAUAAUUUGUGUCCACUGCAUGCAUUUGUUAGUCAUCAGUAGCAAAACCUUAGCCAGAAAGGUAGGUGUUACAUCUCUUGAUUAUUCAUCAACUGCUGAAUUAGCAUUCAAAUUGGGACCAGCAAAAGUACAAAGUCUUGCUUCUUUUGCUAGGUUUUGUGUAAAUACUAUGUUAAUGCUGACACAGUUUGGAUUUUGUUGUGUUUAUUUUCUUUUUGUAUCAACUAGUAUAUAUGAGGUGGUGAGAAAUCUUCAUGGUUCAUCUCCCUUAUCUCCUCAUGCUUAUAUGGCCAUUGUACUUCCCAUCAUGAUAUUGUUUAACUUCAUCCGCAGUCUGCGGAGACUCUCACCUUUCUCUUCCAUUGCUAAUGUUCUUCAAUCUGCAGGACUUAUAAUGGUCCUGUAUUUUCUAAUGACAGGACCUCGCACUGGUCAUCUCAACCCAUACACAGCAAACCUCAAAAAACUUCCUCUUUAUUUUGGCACUGCCAUGUAUGCUUUUGAAGGCAUAGGAGUGGUUCUCCCUUUGGAGAAUGCCAUGGCAACUCCAGAAGACUUUGGGGGCCUCAAUGGAGUACUCAACACAGGGAUGGUUGUUGUAGCCUGCUUAUAUACAGCUGUAGGUUUUUAUGGGUACCUGAAAUAUGGAGAUGAUGUUAGACCCAGUAUCACUUUUAAUCUUCCUUCAAGAGCGGUGAGUGAGCUGAUUCGUUUGAUGUUUGCUCUAGCUAUUUUCUUGUCCUAUGCCCUUCAGCUGUAUGUACCUAUAUCAAUUAUCUGGCCUUAUUUGAAGAAAAAGUUUAAUUUAGAGAGGUAUACAAACAAAGAUCAACUCAUCAUGGAAUAUUUACUUCGAAGUGUGCUUGUUUUCAUCACAUUUCUUAUGGCUAUUGCUAUUCCCAAUUUGGAUUUGCUAAUUUCACUGGUUGGAGCACUGGCUAGCAGUUCAUUGGCCCUUAUCUUUCCCCCAAUAAUUGAGCUUUGUACUGUAUGGAAUAGCAACAUGAGUCCCAGAAAGUUCAGGCUGGUUCUUAUGAAAGAUAUUUUUAUUGUGAUAUUUGGUAUUUUUGGUAGUGUAAUUGGUACUUACACUGUUAUAAGUGAAAUUGUAGAAUUAAUGUCUAAAUAGGGGCAAUUACAAUUUUUGAUAUCAUGUACUUUUCUGUACAUCUUAUAGGAUGUAUUUUUUAAAAUAUUGAAUGAAUGUAGAUUAACUAAAUCUACAUGUGAAGAUUAUGCAAAAACUCUAUGCAAUGACAUAAUAGUGAGUGUGUGUACAUUAAAGAAGAUUUUUGCUUGGUUUUUAAUAUAAGCCAUUUGAUAAAUAGUAAACCUAUGCUUUUAUUUUAAUUAAUAGAUAUAUGACUGUUUUGGUCACAGUUGCUUUUAAAUAAUUAGGAGCACAUUAUAUCAAUGAAAGAUUUCUUAGAAAUUAAAAGACAUCAGAUUUUAAGAAAUAUAAUAAAUCCCAGCUCUGAUUAUAUGUACCUCUAAUAACACAGGAGCCUUCUGUCAAUUUCUUUCUCUAAAUUAAUGCUUUUGUAUCACAUUGAAAUACUGCGUAUUAGUUUUUGGAAUUUUUAUUGAAAGAUAUGAUUUGAAUACUGAUUUUAUAUCUCUAACAAGACACUUAUGUGUAUGUUUUAUUUUAUCUUAUUAUUGAAAUUUUUUAAAAAUCAUAUAAUUAACAUCAUAAAUUGAAAUCUAAUAUCUUACCUGCAUUAAUAAUUAUGUGUUUGUGUGAAGUCAUUAAUCAGUUUUUGUUAGAACAAGCAAAAACAGCAGGAAAUACUUUGAUUCCUCUAAACCAAACAUUCCCAUCUGUGAUCUUAUAGAAAUUUUUGUGUUUUCAAUUUUGUUAUAAUUUGUGUUGUUAUGGUAAUGACAACAUGGAUUUUCUGUAUGUUAAUUUAAUGAAAAAAGAAAUGUAUAUAUAUGUAAUAUGAUGACGUCUUUUUUUGAGUUUAAAAUAUCCUAGAAAGUUUGGUAACUAAAAUCUUGAUUAUUGACAAAAUUAAUAUUUUAUGUUCAAUGUAUAUUUGAUUAUAAAUUGCAUGCGAAUCAAUUAAUUUUAAUAGUGAGGUAUAUUUUAUACCUUUUGACUGGAUGAUUAUUUAAAAUUUUUCCCAUAUAUGCGCAUAUUUAAAUUAUUCUUCAUUAUCAGACAUUGUAAUUUAAUUACUAUAUUUAAUUUUUAAAGAAUUUUACCAAUCAUUUUAAAAUUUUGUAUUGUAUUAAAAUAAAUUUAAUGAAAUUUGACUUAUUUUAAAGUAAAUUAAAUAUUUAUGGUAACUGAAGAGUUUCCUAUUUAAAUGCAUUUAACUGUAGAUAAUAAUUUUAAAAUACAUCGAAAUUUUUUUCAUCUAUGAAUCUUUUUUUUCCCUCUCAUUUUACUAAUUUUUAACUUAUGAAAAAGAUUGAUAAAUUUCAGAAUAUUUAUUUUUGCUUUGACAGUUUCAUUUUUUAACUUUCAAAAAUUUGGUUAAAGAUUUGAUUUCAAAUAUAAUUUAAAAAUUGAAAUCUCUUCUGUGCAGGAAAUCAUAACAUUUAUGAUGUGAUAUUUUUUAAUAGAUAUUGUAGAUACUACUGUGAAUAAGAUCCUUUUAUUUUUUUAAGACACAAAGAAAACUUUCAGGAAAAAAAGCACUAUAUUA